CUCCAGUGAGAGACUCUAUACACUGUAAAUAUCUCAGGAUGAGGGUCAGUGUGGUUCUGCUUUGGGUCAGCUUGUCUUGUGUUCAGCUCCAGAGAGGUGAUGACCAGCGCAGAGUGGAGGACACGCAAUCCGGACUGAACACACUUCAGAACCAGAGUCGUGUGGAGAGAUCAGAGCUGAAUCCAAACCAAACCAGCAUCCAGCCUGAUGUGUGGACCGAGCUGAGGGAGCUGAGGGACAUGGUGGUGGAGCAGAGGGUGCAGCUCACUUCUGCUCAGUGCCAACUGCAGUUCAGUCAAGGCCAGAUUGAGGAGCUGAAGAAAGAGAACACAGCCAUGAACAAGAGACUGUUGGCUACUGAGAACCAAGUGGAGGAGCUGAAGCAAUUGAAUGCAGCUUUGGAGGGGAGGGUAGUCUCUACUGAAGUGGGUGUGGAAGCACUGAGAGAGGAGAAUGCAAACAGACCAAAGGUGGCGUUCUCAUCUGCCUCAGGCUUAAAUGGCUACCUCGGGCCAGGUGUAAACACCAUACUGGUUUUCAGCAAAGAGAUCACAAACAUUGGAAAUGCUUUCAGUCCAAUCACAGGUGUUUUCACUGCUCCACUCAGAGGAGUCUAUUACUUCAGGUUUAAUGUAUUCAGUAACAGCGCCUCACACUGGAUGUGUGUACAUCUGUUUAAAAAUCAGGAGAAGAUCUUAUAUGUGUCUGAACGUCCAGAUGGAGUGAAUGAGUACAUUUCCAGUGGAGCCACUCUACUGCUGGAAAAGGGAGAUCUUGUCUACAUUAAGCUCCUUGCUGAAUGUCAGAUUUUCGACAACGUUGACAAUCAUUGCAAUUUCAGUGGUUUUCUGCUCUUUCCAGUGUAAAGUGCUUUUAAUAAUAAGCCUUUAUUAAAUGCCUUUACUAAAGAGGAAGGAGAAGGCAAUAAACAUAUAAAAUUCCCUAUAU